AUGCCCUGCACAACCUGCCCAACAACCCACCCCUGCCCCCGCUGCAGCGGCACGGGCACUACGUCUGAGCCCUGCCCGUCCUGCUUCGGCAAACGCGGGUUCUUCGAGAUGGAGGGCGGCGGCGACGAGGCGCGCGGGGAGUUCCAUGCGCCUUGCAUCUCGAUGCAGUGUCGGAGUUGUGACGGUGAGGGAAUUGCGUUUGAGCGGUGUAGGGAGUGUGUCGGGGUGGGGUAUUUGAGGGUUUAUUGUGGGAGGUGUGAGGAGGAAUUUCGGCAGUAUCAAUAUCGGGGUCGGGAUGGGGAUCGGGUGGAGGAGAGGGAGAUGAAUGAGAAGGGGACAGAUAUAGGAGACUUCCCUUGCAUGCAAUUGCGGAAGCAUCGAGGUGCUGAAUGGUGGGAUGAGCGCAUGGAUGAGUAUAGGGAUACAGAGGAAGUGGAAACGUUUGUGACUAACAAGCUGGAUGAUUUAGCUGCAUAUGAGAAGGUCGAGGAUAAGGUUGAACACUACAAAGCCCUCAUGGACAGCAAGGAGAUGACAACAGAAGAUUUUAUUUACACCGUUUCCACUCUUCUCAGUUCUAGUUGA